GCAGGAUGCUUCGACACCGUCGGGCGCCUCUUAACCUAUCUGUAAAAUGUAAGGGCUUCAAACGUCAGCUGCAAUAAGCGGCAUGAGCGGCACAGAGGCUGAUGUGGCGAACGUUUCCAGCGCCGCGGACCCCCUCGACCGGGUCGCCGCCAUCAGCAAUGUGGAUAUCGCGAUGGCAAUCGUGCGCGCGGCCGUCAUCUCCUUCCUGGCGGUGCUCGGCUCGGCCGUCAACCUGCUCGCCCUGCUCAUCUUCCUGAAGCGACCUGCCCUCCGCUCACCAUCCAACAGAUUCGUGGUCAGCCUGGUGCUCGGCAACCUGCUGACGGCGGCCGUGCUGGUGCCGUCGACCCUGAUGGCGCGACACCGCGACCCGUGGCUGCGGCGCUCGCUGUCCGCGCUGGCCAUCUUUGCCGUGGCCGGCAGCGUCCUCUCGGUGGUGUGCAUCGCCCUCGACCGACACUCGGCCGUCCUGUCGCCCCUGCACUACUCGUCUCCAGGCACCAAGCAGCGCGCCCGCGUCCUCCUGGGUGUCGCCUGGGGCCUGGCUCUUCUGCAAGCGACGUUGCCCCUCACCAUCGGCGCCGAACCACCGUCGCUUAUUUUUUCACAGAGCCAAACUCCAUUUCGAAUAGCGUACGCAAGCUCGCUGGCAACUCUUGGCCUGAUAAUUCCGCUGCUGAUAUUGUGCGUCAUCUACGCACGGAUGUACGGAGCGGCACAACGCAACAGCGAACGGACGCGGCGUCACAGCGUGACUGACGUCGUGGCGCUGACGCGACAGGGCUCCGUGUUCUCACGGGAGGAAGGCCGAGCGGUAAAAACGGCCGCCAUCGUCGUCACCUCGUUCCUCCUCUGCUGGACGCCGUAUUUUGCGGGCCUGUUGGCUGGUCCGUGGGCCCCAACACCGUUCGGCCUCUUCGCACUCAGCGCCGCUCUCUCCAAUGGCGUCGUCACACCAUUUGUCUACGUCUUCAGGAGUGAAGCAGCUCGGAGAGAAGCUUUGUCCAUCUUAUGUUGGUGGAAGCCUCGGGUUCCUCCUGACAAGGCAUUGUCUUGCGUGAAGCCAGCAAACAACUUGCGCAUUCGGCCGCCGCCACUAGGCUACUUUGAAACGUCCACUGAACAGGAGUCUAUGUCUGUGCACAGCUACAACACCGACUGCAUCACAAACGACGCCAUCAAAAGUCCACUGCACAAGGAGCCGACCAGCCUAGAGCUGCGUUCGUCCUGCCCACCAGGUUUGAACGGCGGUCGGAGGCGCGACAACGUGACCCUGCGUUUGUUGCCACGCGUCAAUGGAGGCCGCCGCUGCCAAAGUUGCGUUCGCCAAAACUCGGACUCGUCGUGCGGCAGCGGCCAGGCUUUGCUGGCGCGCGACUCGAGCCUUGACUCGGCCUCAAACACCCCCCAACGCCGAAAACGACCUGCUUCCUCCGUGGAAACGUCGCUAUCCUCGUCUGGUAUGGGUCGGUCCAUGGACUCGGAGGAGACCGGCGAGGAGGGAGAAACGCGGCCCACCAGACCCAAGUUGCAACGUCUGCCUGCCGUCGAGGACGAGGACUGAGAGUCGGAAAAUUUAUUCCUUUUUCGCCGGCAUAAAAAUGCCAAAUGCGAAUUUUUUGUUUAAUUUGUUUGCAGGAUAAGAAGAUUAUAUAUUUUUUUUAAAUUUUUAUUUCCCCAAAUUCUAGUCAAAUGAUCUCAUUAAAAAUUUGAGCUGAAAAGCCUCUUUCAAAGCCGGUGUUUUAAAAGAAUAAAAGGGAAGGAAAAUUGUUCAACUUGUCUGUAUUUUAUAUAUAAAGAAAAAAAACACUGGAAAAUAUCUUCUCGCAAUCGUAAAUUGUUCAAGGAGAAUUUUAUAAAAAAAUCAUCAUGUUCUGCAUGAACUCAUUUUUGUUAAACAAUUGUGCAAGAAAAACCUAAAAAAAAAUUGAAUCUACCGAAAUAAAGCUUCUUCACAUACACAUUAUAAAAUUGAUGACCAAAAUGCUUUAGACGCUACGCGACUCAUUGUGAUUCAGCCGAUCAAUUAAAUUUGUACACCUCAGAAGAUGAACAAAAACAAUUAUUUCGAAAACUAGUUACUGUAAGAUGGAACUAUAAAAGGACACUAUAUAGCCAGUCUAUCAUGUGCGUGUUAAAAAAAAAAAAAGAAGCGAAUAUCUGUGUUGCGCUGUCUGAGAGAGUUUAAAUGAUCAAAUGUCCGUUACAAAAGUAAUCAA